GGAGUGUGACUUCCAUUUUCAAACCUCAGACGGAUGAGACGGCGAUGUGUUUCUUUGUUGUUUCAUUUCAAUUUAAUGUAGUUUAGAGUUUUUAGCUGUUGGAAAUCUUUCAUUUUGUGAUAAACUACGAUAAGAAACGAUGGAUUCAACAGAAGAGGACAUAUCUGCUCGGGUUUUGUUGAGGAGAGUCCUGCACACAGAGUUACCCAGAUCUCCUGUAACCAGAAGUUCAACCAGUGUACGGCGGAGCAUGAGGGUGAAAAAUACCCCUGGUGUGGAGAGUCCUGGAUCUGCCUUGCGUCACAGACUCAAGAAGAAGCUCCAUGAGAGUGCCUCUCUGUCACCCCUCCCUUCACCUAAACGACAGAGGUCAAUGGUGGCUCCUGGCCCGUCCCCGCUGCAUGAUGAAGACAUGACGACUCGUGGUCUGCUCAGAGGAAUCAUGCAGAUGGAGACUGAAGCAUCACUUCUGAUGUCGGGUCAGCCUGCACAAGUUACAGAACCGAAUCCAGCCGAGUCCAGUGUGUCCAGUACCGGAGAGAGAACUGAAGGCCUGUCUGGAGUGGAGCUGUCUGAUCUGACUCUGAACACUGAACCCCUGACACAUGUGGUCAGAGGACUGAGCCGCAGGAAACCUCAGUCUGCCUUCAGUGUGUCCGCGUUUGAGAGACAGUUCGAUCAACUGCCAGACAACACAAAGGAUGUCUCGCAUGUCUCUCACAGAGGUGAUGGCCCUCAAGAGAAACCAGAUACAUCUCAUGAUUUGGAUUUGUCUGCUGGCUCAAAAAGCGGGCUGAACCUGACCUUGAAGACCCCAUUUGUGGAUAAGCGCUCUGAGAGGGCAGGGCUCCAGCGGAAGGUGUCCAAUCGGAAGCUGCCAUCUGUGGACGCAUUUGACGAGGCCGUUCAGAGAUGCUUGGAGCAGGGCCCGAAACAAGAUCACUCUGUGGUUCAGGAUGGAAAAACUCUAGAAGAUUCUUCAUGGCAGAAGUUCACGCUCGGCCUCAAUGAUGUCACAGAGCUUUACGUCCACUCGAAAAAAGACGAGACAGUAGGACCAUCACAGAGAGAGGCAGAGUUGGUGCCUUCAUCCCAAGAAGCAGGAGAUGAUGUGUUUUUGACUCCUGGAGAUUAUAUUGUACUUGCUUCAACGCAGGCGAUGACAGAAUCACUUCCUGAAUCUCAGAAUGUGGAGCUACAUGAUCAGGAAUCCAUUGUGGAAAUUGAGGAUGAGAACGCGGAGGGGGAAGUUGAGAAAGAGAACGUGGUGGAAGAAGUUGAGGAUGAAAACGCGGAGGAGGAAGUUAAGGAUGAGAAUGUGGAGGAGGAAGUUGAGGAUGAAAACGCGGAGGAGGAAGUUGAGGAUGAGAACGCGGAGGAGGAAGUUGAGGAUGAAAACGCGGAGGAGGAAGUUGAGGAUGAGAACGCGGAGGAGGAAGUUGAGGAUGAGAACGCGGAGGAGGAAGUGGAGGAUGAAAACGCGGAGGAGAAAGUUGAGGAUGAGAACGUGGAGGAGGAAGUUGAGGACGAGAACGUUGUGGAAGUUGAGGACGAGAACUUGGAGGAGGAAGUUGAGGAUGAGAACGUUGUGGAAGUUGAGGAUGAGAACGUGGAGGAAGAGAACCCAGACGCAUCGCAUCAUCCAGAGCGAAUAACUCGCAGAGCUCACCGCUCAGAGGGAGGAGGAGCUGUCCCUGGAGUUCCAGCCUCCACUAGAGUCACAAAGAGUUUCGGAGCUGGACUGAAUCCCAGAGAGAAAGAUCAUCUGGAGUUUGUUGACGGGAACAGAGACAGUUUGCAGGACGUUGUAGAUGAAGGAGAACAAGCGGGCAGCCCUGUGGCAGAGGUCACCACAACUAAGCGGAGGUCAUCGCAUCGCAAGGCUAGUCUGGCUGAGGAAGAUUUGCCCGAGCUUGCAGAGCAUCAUGAUGCCCCGGAGGAAGUGAGCCAAUCAGAGGAGGAGUUAAUGGACUCUGAGCCAGCCAAUCAGAGCCGUGAACAACCUCAGGAGGAGGAGGAAGAGGAUGAUGACGGCGACAGCGAUGCUCUUAGUGCAGAACUGUCCAUGAAAACUCCUGCUUUCGUAAGACAGAAGAGAGUGUUCGCAAGUCCUAGUGUGCAGGCCAUGCCCACAGUCCUUAAAGAAGUGAAUGCUGGUCCCCCUCAGGUCACCAAACGAGCCCCCAGGAAGAAGCGUCAGGCGGGAGUUGAUGUUCUUCCCAAGAGUUACAUCAUGAGCGUAUUCAAGCAUUUCGCCAAGACCAAAGUGGCCAGUGACGUCUACCCUGUCGUUAAUGAAUUUCUUAAGAAGUACUUUGAACGGCUAGCAGAUGAUCUGGAAGUGUACGCUACACAUGCCAAACGUAAAACUAUUGAGAUUGAAGAUUUUGAGCUCCUCAUGAGAAGACAGGGCUUUGUGACGGAUGGUACGCCUGUGAAUAUACUGAUAGAGAAAUAUCUUCCGCUCGAGUAUCGGAAACUUCUCAUCCCGGUGGCCACCAGCGGGAAUAAAGUCAUCCCAACACAAAGAAGGUGAACAUGCAGACGUGUGACGUCACGUCCUCUUUAAACACUAGAGUAGAUGGUUGCGCAUAUCUGCAUGUGCUCUUGUAAAUAUGUUUAUAUGUUCAAAACAUAAAUACCUUGUUUUGUAAAUAAAGAUUUGUGUAAUAUAUAUAUAUAUAUAUGCCUUUUUUUAAUGCUGCACCAUUAAGAAAACAAAUAAACUUUCGGUUCACUGUAUUUUUUAGUAAUUUAUGUAUACUUUCAAAGACAUUCUUCAAAGCAGACAUAAACAAAACGCGUGGUAUUUAAAUAGAAGUCAAUGUCUUAUUGUGCACGAUUCAUCUGCACACAAAUGCUUUCUUCAAAAUGAUUUGCUUCAAUGGAAAAAUAUUAACCACAAACACCAUAGCCUUCUGAUUCUGUGCUGGAAAUGAUUAAAAAUACGCUAGUUGGAGUAGAGUAUUGUUUACUUCGUAUCAUACUUUAUGAUGUCAAACCAUAUGCAUUAUAUUAACAGCAGUAUUCUAUGUUUUGGUGUUUUUAUUCUUAUUCUCAUAACAGUUGUUUUACACUUAAUUCAAUUUUGUGUAAAUCCAGUGCUUUAUCUACCACACUAGAAAUUAAAGUGUAUUGCAUUCUGUGAUGCACCGGCUAAAUGACAAAUAUGGGGUAUUCCAUGCAUAUGGUAUCGACCAUACUGUGCAUGCUAUAUAAAUACUAUUAAGCAGGGAUGUGAUUUUAACGCAUUUAUAUAGAUUUCCAUAUUUUUCGCUGUGAGACCUGACUGGCGUGAAUCCAAGGGGGAAAAAAUGCUGGUUUUGAUGAAUUUGAAAUGCUUUUAUUUCAUGCGUGGAUACUGUAGUAAUGACAGCACUUCAUUUAAGGUCUCGGCAAAAUAAAAGCUCUGAUUUUGAAAGCAAAGAAAGACAUCCAUAAAUAUUUGUAUUAUAAUUUUACUCUUGUUCUUUAAAUAAAAUCAUUAUUAUUCAUAAAAA